AUGAAAUACACCCACAUGGAGAAAGGAAAUCUCACAGUACUAACUGAAUUCAUUCUGAAAGGCAUCACUGACCGCCCUGAGUUGCAGACCCCACUCUUUGUGUUGCUCCUCAUUAUUUAUCUGAUCUGUGCAGUAGGCAAUUUGGGCAUCAUCAUCCUCACCAAGGUGGACUCCAGGCUGCAAACACCCAUGUACUUUUUUCUGAGACACCUGGCUAUCACUGAUCUUGGAUAUUCUACAGCUGUGGGACCCAAAAUGUUAGCGAGCUUUGUUGCAGAACAUAGUUCAGUCUCCUAUUAUCUUUGUGCUACACAGCUAGCCUGCUUCCUUCUUUUUAUUACUUGUGAACUCUUUAUUCUGUCUGCCAUGUCCUAUGACCGCUAUGUGGCCAUAUGUAAUCCUCUGCUCUAUAUGACUAUCAUGUCCCAAACAAGAUGUUGGAUACUGGUAGCAAUACCGUAUCUCUACAGUGUAUUUGUAACUCUACUAGUCACCCUAAGGAUAUUCACAUUAUCUUUUUGUAGCUACAAUAUCAUCAAUCAUUUUUUCUGUGAUUGUAUCCCCUUGAUAUCUUUGCUCUGUUCAAACACACUUGAGGUUGAAUUGAUAAUUAGGUUCUUUGCAACUUUUGAUUUGAUUUCCUCUCUUUUGGUUGUCCUUGUGUCUUACCUGUUCAUCUUCAUAGCCAUUCUGAAGAUGAAAUCUCCAGAGGGCAGGCACAAGGCUUUUUCAACCUGUGGGUCCCACCUAACUGUGGUCACUGUUUUUUACGGGACUUUGAUAUUUAUGUAUGUGCAACCCAAGUCCAGUCAAUCAUUUGAGACUGAUAAAGUGUCUUCCAUAUUUUACACUCUUGUUAUCCCAAUGUUGAAUCCCUUGAUAUAUAGCUUGAGGAAUAAAGAUGUAAAAGAUGGCAUAGGAAGAACCUGGAAAAAGAUAGUCAACAUUUUUUCCUAA